AAGGCAGCCAGCCUUGGUCAAAGGAACAUCUUAUCCUUUGCUUUUGAUAAGGACAGUGUUCCUUCCAUUAUGCUCUAAAACGGUAAAAUAUUCUUGCCCUCUUUUAUUCUGAUCCAGGGCUGAGGGUCAUAUGAAAGUUCAGAGAAGGACAUGAUUUUUAGUAUGGGUGGUGGCAAGUUUAUCAGAUGGCUUCCUAGCCAAGAUAUUCCUCCCCCUCACCUCCAAACAAAAUAUGUACCCUAAGAAUGAUUUUAUCUCAGUGUUAGGAGAAGAGGGUAGGUAGCAGGGCCUGGCUCUGUCAUCGUGGGCUAUUUUGAGGGGACUUCAGCAGUCCCAAAAAGAAGGAAAAGAAGGGCUGAUUCUCCUUUUGUGAGCAGCCAGUGGAGCUGCUUUAGGGACUAACAAGCCAGCCAGAGACAAUGUCCUCUCUCAGGAAAGCACUAAAAGCACCAGUAGUGCUCCUUUCAUGGGGAGCCAACAGUUAUUUUGGCCUCUCUUUCCAUUAAAAUAGGAAAGCAUUGAAAAGGGCCAUUCGUGGCAUAGUGUGGAGCCUCCCCAUUGUGGCAGCAUUUCUAACUGCAUUGAGAAUUAACCAUGUUGCUCUUCUUUUUCACCAUGGAGGAAUUUCUAGAUUUUUAUUUAUACCCUACCACUUAGAACAUCUUUCACUGUUUCAGCAAAUUGCAGCAUAAAAGAUGGAGAAGCCAGCAGGGGCUGUGCCCACAAUAGUAGCUGGGGUUGCAUUUAAGACAUUCAAAUGCCAAGGGUGUGCUUCUCCCAUUAAGUCCAACAUAAGAAAUCAGGUGUGCACAACACUGCUGAACAGAAGACCCCAAAGGACAGGUGGAGUUUCUGCCCUUCAGAGACUUGAAGACAGUGUGUGACUCUCCUGUGAGUUAAGAGCACUGGCUGAGUCAGACAGACCCGAGUGACAAGCCCAGCCUCACUCUCUUUCAGCUGUGAGAGCCAAGAUUUUCUUGCCGCUUGGGCUUCAGCAGGAAGGGGCUUCCUCUACACUGUCCUGUUGCUGUGGCAGACAUGUCAAUACCCUUACACUCACUGCAAUUCAACAAUACAACGAGGGAGGAAAAUGAUGAGCCCCCAAACAAGCAGAUGGCCUUCUCUAGACCAGUGACAGAGACCAGAGCAGAUGUCCAGAUUCUGCAUUCUCAUAUAGAGUUGCCUGUAGUCUCGACUUCAGCCUCAGAUCCUGGAGGGACAUCCGUACAGUUGAUGACAUCUCCAGCCUUUGACAACAUGUCUGCACCUCUAAUGGGAGUACCAAACUCUGGAGCCUUGUCCCCACCCCUAAUGCCAACCUCAGACUCUGGGGAACUUUCCCCAUUGCUAAUGCCAGCCUCAGACUCCGGGGCACUGUCCCCAUUGCUGAUGCCAGGCUUCGAUUCUGAAACAUUGUCCCCAUUGCUGUCUAUUUCAGAGUAUGGGUUAAUGUCCCCAGAGAUGAUGACAAUUCCUGACUUUGGAACAAUGUCCACAACACUAAUGGUAGCACCAGAUUCUGCAGAGAUAUCACCAUUGCCAAUGCCAACUCCAUCCUCUGGAGCGGUGUCUACACCUAUAAUGAGCACUUCAUCCUCUGAGGCAAUGUCCACACCAUUAAUGCUAGCCCCAGAUUCUGGAGAGAUAUCCCCAAUCCUAAUGCCAGAUAUGAAUCCUGGAGUGAUGUCUACACAGCCAGUGCCAGCUCCCAGCUCUGAGGAAAUGUCCCCAUUGCAAAUUACAGAUGAAGACACUGAAGCAAUGUCCAAAGUACUCAUGACUGCCUUGGCCUCUGGAGAGAUAUCUUCGCUGCUAAUGUCAGGCACAGACUCUGAAGCGAUAUCCUCACUGAUAAUGUCAGCUCUGGCUUCUGAAGGAAUACCAACCCAGGAAACAAGCAUCCAAAACUCUGGGGGAAUAUCUACCCCAAUCAUGUCAGACCCACACACUGGAGUAAUGUCUUCACUGUUAAUGUUAGCUCCAGACUCUGAAGUAAUGUCCACACAGCUACCGUCAGUCCCAGAUGCUGGAGAAAUGUCCAUAUUACCAAAGCCAGCUCCAAAUGCUGAAGCAAUGUCCCCAGCAGUCAUGAUGGCCCUACCUUCUGGAAUGAUGCCCACCCAGAUUAUGUCAGUCCAAGGCUCUGGAGUGAUGGGCCCAUGGUCAACACAAAAUCUAGACUCUGAAAUCAUGUCUACUCUGCCACUGAGAGGUACAGCCUCUGGGGUGAUGUGUGCAUCACCAGUAAGAGCUUCAGACUCUGGAGCAAUGUCCACACCACUAAUGGGAGACCCAGCCUCUGGAAAUAUGUCUGCAUUGCAAAAGACAGUUCCAGUUUCUGAAGCCAUGACCACCCCACUGAUGACAGUCACAAGCUCUGAAGUGAUGUCCACAGAGCAAAUGUCAGCCACCGACUCUAGAGUAAUGUCCACACAGUCAACAAUGUCCAAAACUUCUAGAGCAAGGCCCAAACGCUCUAGGAAAGCCACGGCCAAACGGCGCACGAGAACCUCGGCCUCUAGAAAGAUGUCCAUGCCACUGAGGAGAGCUCCAGCAUCUGGAGCAAUGUCCACCCAGUCAAUUGUGGCCACAGCCUCUGAAACAAUGUCUAUGCCACAAAUGAGAACCACGGCCUCAGGACUGACAUCUGCACCGCAAAUGAAAGCCACGACUUCUGGAGCAAUGUCCACCCCACUAAUGACAGCCCAAACCUCUGGAGCAACAUCCACACUGUUAAUGAGAGACGCAGCCCCAGGUAUGAUGUCCUGUCCACAAAUGAGAGCUCUGGCCUCUGGAGCAUUGUCCCAGCCACUCAUGACACCCCAAGCCUCUGGAACAAUGGAACGAAUGACAACCACAACUUCUGGAGCAGUGUCCACACUGCUAAUGAGAGACGCAACUUCUGGAGCUCUGUCCAUGCCGCAAAUGACAUACACAGCCUCUGGAGGAAUGUCUUCACUGCUAAUGAGAGAUGCAGCUUCUGGAGCAAUGUCCACAUCACAAAUGACAGACAUAAUCUCUGGAGGGAUGUCCAUGCCACUAAUGAGAGCUCAAGACCCAGGAGAAAUACCUGCAUCACUGAGAGCCACAGCUUCUGGAAAGAUGCCCAGCCAGCCAGUGAGCACCCAAGAUCCUGGAGGAAUGUCCGUGUUGUUCCUGAGAUCCAUGACUGCUGCAGGUAUGCAGAUGAGUGCCCCAACCUCUGAUAUGAUGUCCACACCAACAAGGAGAGCUUGGACCUCUGAAGCAAUGUCCACACCACUAAUGAGAACCUCAGGCUCUGGAGAGAGGCCCUCGCUGCUCACAAGGGCUUCAUCCUCCGGAGAGAUGUCCCUACCACUAAUGAGAGCUCCAGCUUCUGGAGAGAUAGCCACGCCUCUGAGAGCCCCGGCUUAUGGAGCCAUGUCUGCUCCACAAAUGACAGCCACAGCCUCUGGAAUGAUGUCCAUGCCACAAGUGAAUGCGCCCAUCUCUGGAGCAAUGUCCAUGCCGCUGAUGAGAUCCACAGCCUCUGGAGUGACAUCCGCACCACAAAUGAUGCCCACAGCUUCGGGAGACAUGUGCACACUACCAAUGAGAGUCCCAGCCUCUGUAGGGGUGUCGCCACCACUAGUAAUAGCUCCAGCCUCUGGAACUAUGUUCACACCACUAAGGAGACCCUCAGCCUGUGAAGCUGUGUCCACAGAGUUAAUGAGAGCCCUGGCCUCUGGAACAAUGCCCAUGCCUUUGAUGUCAUCCAUGGCUUCCAAAGAGAUGUCUAUGCCACUGAUGGAAACCAUGGUCUCUGGAACAAUGUCCACUUUGCAAACCAGUGUUGCAAACUCUAGAUCUAUGUCCGUGCCACAAACAACAUACACAGUGUCCAGAGGGAUGGCCACAGUGCCAAUCAGAGGCUCUGCUUCUGGAGCAAUGUCCACAUCAUUUAUGAGAGCCUCAGUUUCUGGAAUGAUGUCCAUGCCACUACCGAGAGCCACAGCCUCUGGAUGUGGCAUGGGGGUGUCCAGGCCAAAAAUGACAGCCACAGACUCUAGAGGGAUGUCCACACCACUAAUGAGGGCCCCAGGCUCUGGAACAACGUCCACCCCACAGACAGCCUUUGGAGUGAUGCCCACUCUGGAAAUCAAAGCCGAAGACUCUGGAGAGGCAUCCACCUCUCACAUUCACAUCACAGCCUCUGGAUCAAAGCCCAGACCAUACAUGACUGCCACAGUUCCUGAAACUACAAACCCACCACGAGAGGAAGUGCCAUCCUUCGGAAUGUUGACCCCGGCACUCUGUUACCUCUUAGAAGAGCAGGAAGCAGCCCGGGGCUCAUGCCCUGUGGAGGAAGAGAUGGAGAUUGAUGAGGAGAAGCAAAUGAAAGGGUUUUUGGAUGAUUCAGAGAGAAUGGCAUUUCUGGUGUCACUUCACCUGGGAGCACCAGAGAGGUGGUUCAUCUUGCAGAUGGAGGUAGGACGCCCACUCUCAGAUGAAAAUACAUCUUUCCUGAGAAGAUCCCAGGGCUUAUAUGACUCCCUAUCUGAGAUAGACGUCCUCAGUGCUGUUCUUUGCCAUCCCAAACAGGGCCAAAAGUCAGUCAGGCAGUAUGCCACCGACUUCCUGCUGCUGACCCGACAUUUAUCUUGGUCUGAUGCCAUUCUACGGACCAGGUUUCUGGAAGGACUCUCAGAAGCUGUUGCCACCAAAAUGGGUCGGAUCUUCCUGAAGGUGGCUGGCAGCCUAAAGGAGCUGAUAGACAGGUCUCUCUACACUGAGUGCCAGCUGGCGGAAGAGAAGGAUUCCCCGGGCAACUCAAGCCAGGUCCUGCCAACAGCCUGUAAGCAGAAUAAUGAGGAGGCCACGGAGAAUGAAUUGAGCUCUCAGCAGCAGACUGAGGAGCACCAGCAUGUUCCCAAACGUUGUUACUACCUGAAAGAGCAUGAAGACCCCCAAGAAGGUCUUCAUGACCACCUUGGACAGAGCACAGGCCAUCAUCAGAAGGCCCAUACCAACAAGUAAAACUUUAUGGAAUCUUCUCCUGUGAUAUCUGACUGGGCUGCUAACUGGAGGACUGGUUCCUGGACCCAUUCCAUUCAACUACAUCACAAACCUUGUUGCCUUCACCCUUCAGCCUCCCCCUCCAGGCACAUCCCACCUUACCUCUCACUUGGCUGAUUUGAUCUUCCCUUUCACCCACAUGCCUAUGACCUGCCUUGACAAUCAGAGUGUGGACUAUAAGAGUAUGGUGUGUGAGGUUCUGAACUCCCAUCACCACCGAGGCCAGUACUAGUUCUUGGUACAGGGGGGAAGUCUAGGCAGGAUACCUCUCACUUGGCUGAUUUGACCUUCCCUUUCACCCACAUGCCUAUGACCUGCCUUGACAAUCAGAGUGUGGACUAUAAGAGUAUGGUGUGUGAGGUUCUGAACUCCCAUCACCACCGAGGCCAGUACUAGUUCUUGGUACAGGGGGGAAGUCUAGGCAGGAUACCUCUCACUUGGCUGAUUUGACCUUCCCUUUCACCCACAUGCCUAUGACCUGCCUUGACAAUCAGAGUGUGGACUAUAAGAGUACGGUGUGUGAGGUUCUGAAUUCCUAUCACCACCGAGGCCAGUACUAGUUCUUGGUACAGGGGGAGGUCUAGGCAGGAUACCUCUCACUUGGCUGAUGUGACCUUCCCUUUCACCCACAUGCCUAUGACCUGCCUUGACAAUCAGAGUGUGGACUAUAAGAGUAUGGUAUGUGAGGUUCUGAACUCCCAUCACCACCGAGGCCAGUACUAGUUCUUGGUACAGGGGGGAAGUCUAGGCAGGAUACCUCUCACUUGACUGAUUUGACCUUCCCUUUCACCCACAUGCCUAUGACCUGCCUUGACAAUCAGAGUGUGGACUAUAAGAGUAUGGUAUGUGAGGUUCUGAACUCCCAUCACCACCGAGGCCAGUACUAGUUCUUGGUACAGGGGGGAAGUCUAGGCAGGAUACCUCUCACUUGACUGAUUUGACCUUCCCUUUCACCCACAUGCCUAUGACCUGCCUUGACAAUCAGAGUGUGGACUAUAAGAGUACGGUGUGUGAGGUUCUGAAUUCCUAUCACCACCGAGGCCAGUACUAGUUCUUGGUACAGGGGGAGGUCUAGGCAGGAUACCUCUCACUUGGCUGAUGUGACCUUCUCUUUCACCCACAUGCCUAUGACCUGCCUUGACAAUCAGAGUGUGGAAUACAAGAGUGUAUGGUGUGUAAGGUUCUGAACUCUCAUCACGACUGAGGCCAGUACUACUUCUUGGUACAGGGGGAAGUGUAGGCAGGAUAAAUCAUAUCUUACCUCAAAACACCUUAGAGUGGCCAGGCGCGGUGGGUCACACCUGUGAUCCUAGGAUUGUGGGAGGCCAAGAUGGGUGGAUCACGAGGUCAAGAAAUCGAGACCAUUCUGGCCAACAUGGUGAAACACCGUCUCUAAUAAAAAUACAAAAAAUUAGCUGGGCAUGGUGGCACGUACCUGUAGUCCCAGCUACUUGGGAGUCUGAGGCCAGAGGAUCGCUUAAACCUGGGAGGUUCAGUGAGCCAAGAUUGCACCAAUGCACUCCAGCCUGGCAAUAGAGUGAGACUUCAUCUGAAAACAAACAAACAAAUAACACCUUAGAGUAUCUUGCCAUGUGUCAGCAGGCAAACUUGAGAAAGACCUGUUUCUAUUCCACCUGACAAGGGAGCCUAUAAGGAGAGUGAUGCCCACUCCUAUACCACCCUCGUAAUCCAGUAGACUUGCCCCAUAUGCCCCAACUCAUAGCACCUAACAUGGGUCUCCAGGGUCCUUGCCCUGUUUAUAGUAUCCAUCCUGAACCAUUCAUUUUGACCCAUAAUAGUAAUAAUAGUGACAGUAUAAUGGCUGCUAGUUAUUGAUAGUGUAUCGUGUCACAGGCACUGGGCUAAACUCUUGGCAAGCAACAUCUCACUACAUUCUUACCAUAACACAACUUGUUAUUGUGUUGUAAGCUUCUGACCUCUUGAGCUGUUGUUUAUGGCCUUUGUCUUGUCCCUCAGUGCGGGUUCUCUAGCUCUGACCUCUGGGUGACCCCCUCAGUUGUCAAUUGCCCUUGCUCCCCUUGGCUGUCAUGCUUCAUGGCCAGCACUCUUGAUGAGGGUCUUGGUCUUUAAACAGGCAUAGUGACAACAUAAUGUGCGCAGUGCUUGCUUUCAGGUGGUGGGGUUAUGGGUAGUUUUUAUUUUCUUCUUUCUACCUCUCUGUACUUUCCACAUUCUCUGCAGUAAGCAUGUAUUACAUUUAUAAUCAUUAAAGUAAAUAAACUUCAUUUAUGAAAAAAGA